GGAGAGGCCAUUGGUUUUGGGGGCGGGGAGUUAGGGAACCAGGGGAAACCUGGACCACUUUUAAUUUUUCAGGCAGGAGCUUAGGAAACUCAUAUUUUUAGUCCCAAAUCACCGUUCUUUGGCAUGUUAGUUGUGAUGAAUGAGGGUCCCUGACUUGUUUCAUUUUUUAAAAAGUGAUGCAUGGCGUGUAGUUUCGGGGAGGAAAGGAGGCGAUUGGUGGCAUAAAGUUUUCUUUAAAAUUUUCAUUUCAGUCAUUCUGUAGUGUGUACUGAAAACUAAACGUGUCUCAGGUUGUGUAAGCCUUAGGGACAAGGCCUUGCAUAAUGGGGAUCUUUUGUGGGCCCUCUCCCAAACCCUCAACACCAGGAACCUUCACAUCGCUGUUGGGGUGACUGUUGUAUGAGUGGAUUCCCGCAAACCCAAGCUGUGCACCCACUGGCCAGCUAGCUAACUAGUGGACAUUUGGGGGAAGCUGGAAAGGAAGUAGAGGAGACCCUUGGUCUUGAAUUAGCGGUAUAAUGGGUUAAAUUCUGCAGCACAAGAAUAGACAAGUGGCAGACAAAAAAGCAUUGCUUUUUACAUAAAUACUCCAACACGGAUGAUCUUAAGCCAGGAGAUCAGGGAGGGUAGCUUGGGUGGAAGUGGGAAGGAAAAGGGGUAAAGGGGUUCUAGGAAGUUUCCCGAUGUGAUUGACAUUGGUUUUACAUUAGAGAUGAACACUUUCAUAAUUCAGAUUUGCUUUCCAGAUCGUCUGAAAUGGUACUUGGGUAACAAAACAUCUGCCCAUGAAAAUUUCUGAAUUCUGUCAAACAUCAGUGGCUGCCAUCAUUUUGAGAGGUUUUAUAAAAAGACAAUAUAGUCAGAUCAACUAUACUUCAAUAAAAUAAAUUAAAAAAAUAUAUAGUGUGGUCAACUUUUGGCUAACUGCUGAAGUGUAAUUACCCAUGUCAGUUUAAAAAUAAUAUCCUGAUGUUCAUAUAUACAGAAUCCAGUGUUUGUAAGGGAAGAUGAUCAUGACUAAUACCUAGUUGUGGCUUUUUGUGUUUCUGUACGUUAUAGACGCUGGCAAAGACUGAGAGAUUAUCAUCUUCAUCCUUCAGUUCUUUGGCAGGACUUUGACUUAAGCCGUGCCAGAAGAGAGUGCCUAUCCUUAAAGAACCUUGGUUUAUCUUUUCAAUAUUAUGAGUUGUCUGGGAAAACAGUACUUUCUAAUGAAAUGUAGUUGUCAUUCUCUGGGCUGAUGAUUGUACAUACACAAGUACUUUGAGAUCCUUUUGUGGGAGAGUGACCAAGCAAUGAAUAGCGACUUAGUGAAAUGAAGUAGAGAUUGUAUACAGUACUUUGAAAACCUACCUAUAGAAGGUUGUUCCGUGAUCUGUCUCAUUUAUUCAUUUCAGCAUUUUUCAGUCCCCAAUUAAGUCAGUCCUGCAGUUACAGCCCAUUUCCUGUUGUACUUUCCUUCUCUGAUAUGUCCUAUUUCCUUCUGUAAUGCAUGGUCUUGUGAGUACACUGCAUUUGCUCCUUUUGACGUAGUGGUGCUCACUGAAUUAUUCCUUUUCUGUAUAUAUAAAAGGAGUGAGAUUCAAGCAUGAGGAAGCAAAAUUGUGGUACAAGGAUACUUGUAUUACUUUGCUUCUGCUGACCAGCCCUUAAACCCUUUGGGCUCCUUUGUCCCGUGAAUUAUUUCUCUUCCCUUAUGUAUUUGAAAUGGAGAGCAUUAUGGUUAAUUCAUUUUGGGGGGUGUGGAUGGGAUGGAUUGCCAUUAAAAGAAAACAUUUGUAUUUGACUCUGUGAAAAGAUACAUCUCUUUUUAAAAACUUUGUAAUAGGGACAUUUAUUCUUUUUUUAUUUUUUUAACAGUCAAAUUUUUAGAAGUUAUCAAACCUUUCUGUGCAGUUCUACCAGAAAUUCAGAAACCUGAAAGGAAAAUCCAGUUUAGAGAGAAGGUACUAUGGACUGCUAUAACUCUCUUCAUCUUCUUAGUAUGUUGUCAGGAACGUUAAUGGAAUUGGGUAUCUCCCCAAUUGUAACAUCUGGUUUGAUUAUGCAGUUGUUAGCUGGAGCCAAAAUCAUUGAAGUUGGAGAUACACCCAAAGAUAGAGCCCUAUUCAAUGGAGCCCAGAAACUAUUUGGUAUGAUCAUUACCAUUGGGCAAGCCAUUGUGUAUGUCAUGACGGGCAUGUAUGGGGAUCCCGCUGAAAUGGGUGCUGGAAUCUGUCUCCUUAUCAUCAUUCAGUUGUUUGUUGCUGGUUUGAUUGUGCUGCUGUUAGAUGAGCUGCUACAGAAGGGUUACGGCUUGGGGUCUGGGAUUUCCCUCUUUAUUGCCACCAACAUCUGUGAAACCAUUGUCUGGAAGGCCUUUAGUCCCACUACCAUUAACACUGGCAGAGGUACCGAGUUUGAGGGUGCAGUCAUAGCUCUCUUUCAUUUACUGGCCACCAGGACAGACAAAGUUCGAGCUCUAAGGGAGGCUUUCUAUCGUCAGAAUUUACCCAAUCUCAUGAACCUCAUUGCUACAGUUUUCGUGUUUGCUGUUGUUAUAUAUUUUCAGGGAUUUCGUGUGGACUUGCCCAUUAAGUCGGCCCGGUACCGAGGGCAGUACAGCAGCUACCCCAUCAAGCUCUUCUACACCUCCAACAUCCCCAUCAUCCUGCAGUCGGCCCUGGUGUCCAACCUGUAUGUUAUUUCCCAGAUGCUGUCAGUUCGAUUUAGUGGCAACUUUUUAGUAAAUUUACUAGGACAGUGGGCUGACGUCAGUGGGGGAGGACCUGCUCGUUCUUACCCAGUGGGGGGCCUUUGUUACUACCUUUCUCCUCCUGAGUCCAUGGGCGCCAUAUUUGAGGAUCCUGUCCAUGUGGUUGUUUAUAUCAUCUUCAUGUUGGGAUCAUGUGCAUUCUUUUCAAAGACAUGGAUAGAGGUGUCUGGUUCCUCAGCCAAAGAUGUAGCUAAACAGCUUAAAGAACAGCAAAUGGUAAUGAGAGGCCACAGGGAUACCUCUAUGGUUCAUGAGCUUAAUAGGUACAUACCCACGGCGGCUGCGUUUGGGGGCUUGUGCAUCGGCGCCCUGUCGGUGUUGGCCGACUUCCUCGGGGCCAUUGGCUCGGGCACUGGAAUUCUGCUUGCAGUCACCAUUAUUUAUCAGUAUUUUGAAAUAUUUGUUAAGGAACAGGCUGAAGUUGGCGGGAUGGGUGCUUUGUUUUUCUAAAUGUUCCAGUAUUUUUGUGUGUGUGAAAGGGAAAAUAUUUUGACUCAUUGUUUUUGUCAGAUAAUGCUGGCUCCCCUUUUCUUCUCUCACAGUUUGUUUUCAAGUGUUGACCGUCUCAUUCCUGAAAUGGGCACGGAGCUAAGCCUGUGUGCAGCAUUAGUACCAGCUGCCUUAACAUUAAAGUUUACAUUAUUCAUUAAAAAACCUACAUGCAGUGUUGCCUGUGAUGCUGGAAACCAAUGUACCUGCCUUGCCAUGUUCGGUUGUGAUGGUGAGAUGGUGAUGUGGAUCAGUUUUGCACACAACAUUCAGGACACUCAGUAUUCCCCCCACUUGUUUAAAAAUAAAUGCAGUUCAAAUUGCCA